AUGGGCUCGGAUAAUGUCCACGAUAUCCCCGUGGACACAGUCCCCGCGGGCGAGGACAGUAAAAAGAGUCCCGUCACUGCAGUGGCAUCAGGCUCGUCCACAUCAUCCCUCGAAUUCGCCGCGGUGCAGCGUGUCAAAGGGGGCGGUGCAUUCGACACCUCAGAGGAUCCUCGGUACUAUAAGCCUAUCCCCGAGUAUGAAGGCAUACACCGUUGGGAUCCCUACUUUGAGUGGACGGAAGAGGAAGAGAAGGCCUUGAUCAAAAAGAUUGAUUGGCGAAUCUGCACAUUUGCAUGCGUGACAUUCUUUGCACUCCAACUCGACAGAGGCAAUGUUGUCCAGGCUAAUUCCGACACCAUGCUUGCGGAUCUGGGGAUGAAUACCAAUGACUACAACAACGGGCAGACAAUCUUCCUUCUCACAUUCUUAUUCGCCGAGCUGCCUUCGCAGUUAUUAUCCAAGAAGGUCGGACCAGAUCGCUGGAUUCCUUUCCAGAUGGUUUCAUGGAGCUUGGUUGCUGCAUGCCAAGCCUUCUUGAAGAAUAAGACCGGCUAUUUCAUCUGUCGGGCGCUUCUGGGACUUCUAGAAGGUGGAUUUAUUGCCGACACCAUCCUCUUCCUUUCCUUUUUCUACAAAUCUAAAGAGCUACCGGUCAGACUCAGUUAUUUCUGGGUUUCUUAUGAAGCUACUGCGAUUGUUAGCGCUUUCCUGGCGGUUGGCUUCCUCCAUAUCCACGAUGCUGAUGGUAAGGGUGGCUGGCGGUACCUCUUCGCAUUCGAAGGUCUAAUCACUGGGAUCAUCGGAAUCAUCGCUAUCUUCUGGAUGCCUGCAUCACCGACACAAACAAAGGGUGGCCUCCGGGGUAAAGACGGCUGGUUCAACGAACGCGAAGAGAAGAUUCUUGUCAACCGCGUGCUGCGUGACGACCCUAGUAAGGGAAGUAUGCACAAUCGGCAGGCUGUAUCGCUCAAGAUGCUAUGGACUGCUCUAUGUGACUAUGAUAUGUGGCCGAUUUAUUUGCUCGGUCUGACAUGGAUGAUUCCCAACACACCUGCAACAAACUACAUCACUCUCGAGCUCAAAUCCCUGGGCUUCGGUACCUUCCAGACGAAUCUUCUCACCAUUCCUGCCUAUGUUAUCUUCAUUAUCAACCUUCUGUUCUGGACUUGGGUCUCCGAGCGCUUCAAUCAGCGUUUGUUGCUUGGCCUCGUCAUGGAAUUCUGGUGCUUGAUUUUACUCAUUGCACUAGUUGCUCUUCCGGACGGGGCCAGCGCAUGGGGACGAUGGGCCAUUCUCAUUCUAUUGAUUGGCGCACCUUAUAUUCAUGCUAUCGUCGUGGCCAUGACAUCCAGAAAUGCAGGCUCAGUUCGGACGCGAACAGUCGCUAGCGCUGUGUACAACAUGAUGGUGCAAGCGUCCAAUAUUAUUGCCAGUCAAAUCUAUCAAGCGAAGGACAAGCCAUACUAUCAUACUGGCAACAAAGUACUGAUUGCCAUGGCCGUAUGGAGUAUACUAGUUUUCAUUGGGGCCAAGCUCUACUACAUUUGGCGUAACAAACAGAGAGCCGCUAUAUGGGACGCUAUGUCCAGUGCCGAGAGAGAGGCAUACCUGGCCGAUGUCGCUGACAAGGAUCUUGGUAACAAACGCCUCGACUUCCGGUUCACUCAUUGA